AUGGUCUUUGCUUCUGCUUUCCGAUCUAUCGCCCGAGGCUCCGCCCUCAACUCCGCUGCUCGACUGAGCAUUGCCCGACCUACCUUCCAGGCCGUGCGAGCCCAGCCUCUUGCUAUCCGAAACUACAGCGCUGCUCACGAGGAGACUUUCGAUGAGUUCACCACUCGAUUCGAGAAGGAGUUCGAGGAGGCUUACGAUCUGUUUGAGGUCCAGCGAGUUCUCAACAACUGUUUCGCCUACGAUCUGGUCCCCGCACCUUCCGUGAUCGAGAAGGCUCUCCAGGCCUGCCGACGAGUCAACGACUUCCCCACCGCCGUCCGAGUGUUCGAGGGUCUUAAAUACAAGGUUGACAACAAGUCCCAGUACCAGGCAUACCUUGACGCUCUCAAGGACGUUCGAGAGGAGCUCGGCAUCACCCUCAAGGAGGACCUUUUCCCCAAGCUUGCUGAAUAA